AUGUGCUGGACAGUACCCAUCACCCCCAAACUCGAGCCACGCCACCUCUCUGCAGAAAAACAAACCAUCAUCGCAGUAACACAGGGCUUCCUCACGGCCCUCAGCACGAAAUCCUGGACCGACUUCGAAAAGUACUGCGUCCGGGCGGGAGGCAUGUCCCUGUCACCGCCAGCGCCCACAGCGCUGCGGUUCUGCACCAUCGGCUCGUUUCUUGAGUAUAUGGCGACUCUGCAAGAUACCAUCGACGAGCGGAUCUGGGAUGCCGAGGUCAGGGUGCAUGAGGACGGGAAUCUGGCGACUGUUUGGGCGCCGUUCCGGGCGAAGGUGAAUGGGGUCGUGGAUCAUGUGGGAGUGGAGCUUUUCGUUAUGCAUAAGAUUAAUGGGGAUUGGAAGGUGACUGGGUUGGCGGAUUCCUGUCGGCGACCCCGGGGAGACGAGGUGGAAAUGGAGUAG